AGCGUCGGGCUCGCGCACGCGCACCGCAGCGGUGGCGGCGGCGGCGGUUCCUGUCCAGGGGGCUGAGAGCGGCGGUCGGCUUUGAGGCGAACAGCGUUGCGGACGGGCGCGGCGGCGGCGGCGGCGGCGGCAACUCAGAGCUCAGAGCCGGCGUUCCGGCUCUGCUUUCGGCGGCCGUCUCGGAGCCCGCCCAGCUUUCAGGGCGGCCGCAGCGGCUGCUCCGGGUUACGGCCUAGGCCUAGGCGAAGCCUCGGGCUCGAGUGCGGUGAGGCGCCGGCAGAAGGCGCGGCCGGGGCGGCAGGAUGAGCGUGGAGGCGUACGGCCCCAGCUCGCAGACACUCACCUUCUUGGACACUGAAGAGGCCGAGCUGCUCGGCGCCGACACCCAGGGCUCCGAGUUCGAGUUCACCGACUUCACCCUCCCCAGCCAGACUCAGACGCCCCCCGGCGGCCCCGGCGGCGCGGGAGGCCCGGGUGGAGCGGGCGCAGGCGGCGCGGCCGGCCAGCUCGACGCGCAAGUUGGACCAGAGGGCAUCUUGCAGAAUGGGGCUGUCGAUGACAGUGUGGCCAAGACCAGCCAACUGUUGGCUGAGCUGAACUUUGAGGAAGAUGAAGAGGACACGUACUACACCAAGGACCUCCCCGUCCACGCCUGCAGUUACUGCGGAAUCCAUGAUCCUGCCUGCGUGGUUUACUGUAAUACCAGCAAGAAGUGGUUCUGCAAUGGCCGAGGAAAUACUUCUGGCAGCCACAUUGUAAAUCACCUCGUGAGGGCAAAAUGCAAGGAAGUGACGCUGCACAAGGACGGGCCUCUGGGCGAGACAGUGCUGGAGUGCUACAACUGCGGCUGCCGCAACGUCUUCCUGCUGGGCUUCAUUCCUGCCAAGGCCGACUCUGUGGUGGUGCUGCUGUGCAGGCAGCCCUGUGCCAGCCAGAGCAGCCUGAAGGACAUCAACUGGGACAGCUCACAGUGGCAGCCCCUGAUCCAGGACCGGUGCUUCCUGUCAUGGCUGGUGAAGAUUCCCUCCGAGCAGGAGCAGCUAAGAGCACGGCAGAUCACUGCCCAGCAGAUCAACAAGCUGGAGGAGCUCUGGAAGGAAAAUCCCUCAGCCACCCUGGAGGACCUGGAGAAGCCAGGCGUGGACGAGGAGCCACAGCAUGUGCUGCUGCGGUACGAGGAUGCUUACCAGUACCAGAACAUCUUCGGGCCGCUGGUCAAGCUGGAGGCUGACUAUGACAAGAAGUUGAAGGAGUCACAGACUCAAGAUAACAUCACGGUCAGGUGGGACCUGGGCCUUAACAAGAAGAGAAUCGCCUUCUUCACUUUGCCCAAGACUGACUCUGGUAAUGAGGAUUUAGUCAUAAUUUGGUUAAGAGAUAUGCGGCUCAUGCAGGGUGAUGAGAUCUGUCUGCGGUACAAAGGCGAUCUGGCGCCCCUGUGGAAGGGGAUCGGCCACGUCAUCAAGGUUCCCGAUAACUUAACUCAGUGGCCAGAUUACGGGGAUGAGAUUGCUAUUGAGCUCCGCAGCAGCGUGGGUGCCCCUGUGGAAGUGACUCACAACUUCCAAGUGGAUUUUGUGUGGAAGUCAACCUCUUUUGAUAGGAUGCAGAGCGCACUGAAGACCUUUGCUGUGGACGAAACCUCUGUGUCUGGGUAUAUUUACCACAAGCUGCUGGGCCACGAGGUGGAGGAUGUGGUCAUCAAGUGUCAGCUGCCCAAGCGCUUCACAGCCCAGGGGCUGCCUGACCUCAACCACUCUCAGGUGUAUGCUGUGAAGACUGUGCUGCAGAGACCACUCAGCCUCAUCCAGGGCCCUCCAGGCACAGGGAAGACUGUGACUUCAGCCACUAUUGUCUACCACCUUGCUCGGCAGGGCAACGGGCCUGUGCUGGUCUGUGCUCCAAGUAACAUCGCCGUGGACCAGCUCACAGAGAAGAUCCACCAGACGGGGCUGAAGGUCGUACGCCUGUGUGCCAAGAGCCGAGAGGCCAUUGACUCCCCGGUGUCCUUCCUGGCUUUGCACAACCAGAUCAGGAACAUGGACAGCAUGCCCGAGCUGCAGAAGCUGCAGCAGCUGAAGGAUGAGACAGGCGAGCUGUCAUCUGCAGAUGAGAAGCGGUACCGUGCGCUCAAGCGUACAGCCGAGAGAGAACUUCUCAUGAAUGCAGAUGUCAUCUGCUGCACAUGUGUGGGUGCUGGUGACCCGAGGCUGGCCAAGAUGCAGUUCCGGUCCAUCCUCAUUGACGAGAGCACACAGGCUACCGAGCCCGAGUGCAUGGUGCCCGUGGUCCUUGGGGCCAAGCAGCUGAUCCUCGUGGGUGACCACUGCCAGCUGGGCCCAGUGGUGAUGUGCAAGAAGGCAGCCAAGGCCGGGCUGUCACAAUCGCUCUUCGAGCGCUUGGUGGUGCUGGGCAUCCGGCCCAUCCGCCUGCAGGUGCAAUACCGCAUGCACCCUGCACUCAGCGCCUUCCCGUCCAACAUCUUCUACGAGGGCUCAUUGCAGAAUGGUGUCACUGCAGCGGACCGUGUCAAGAAGGGCUUUGACUUCCAAUGGCCACAGCCUGACAAGCCCAUGUUCUUCUACGUGACACAGGGCCAGGAGGAGAUUGCCAGCUCUGGCACGUCCUACCUCAACAGGACGGAGGCAGCCAAUGUGGAGAAGAUAACGACGAAGCUGUUGAAGGCAGGGGCAAAGCCUGACCAGAUUGGCAUCAUCACGCCGUACGAGGGCCAGCGCUCCUACUUGGUGCAGUACAUGCAGUUCAGCGGCUCCCUGCACACAAAGCUCUACCAGGAAGUGGAGAUUGCCAGUGUGGAUGCCUUCCAGGGCCGGGAGAAGGACUUCAUCAUUCUGUCCUGCGUGCGCGCCAACGAACACCAGGGUAUUGGGUUCCUAAACGACCCCCGGCGUCUCAAUGUGGCUCUCACCAGAGCAAGAUACGGCGUGAUCAUUGUGGGUAACCCAAAGGCGCUGUCGAAGCAGCCCCUGUGGAACCACCUGCUGAGCUACUACAAGGAGCAGAAGGCGCUGGUGGAAGGGCCGCUCAACAACCUGCGGGAGAGCCUCAUGCAGUUCAGCAAGCCUCGAAAACUCGUCAACACAGUCAACCCGGGGGCCCGCUUCAUGACUACUGCCAUGUAUGAUGCCCGGGAGGCCAUCAUCCCCGGAUCUGUCUAUGACCGCAGCAGCCAGGGCCGGCCCUCGAACAUGUACUUCCAGACCCAUGACCAGAUCAGCAUGAUCAGCGCAGGCCCCAGCCACGUGGCCGCCAUGAACAUCCCCAUCCCCUUCAACCUGGUCAUGCCCCCCAUGCCGCCACCGGGCUACUUCGGACAGGCCAACGGGCCAGCUGCUGGUCGGGGCACCCCAAAAAGCAAGACUGGCCGUGGGGGCCGCCAGAAGAACCGCUUUGGGCUUCCUGGGCCCAGCCAGACCACCCUUCCCAACAGCCAGGCCAGCCAAGACGUGGCCUCCCAGCCCUUCUCACAGGGAGCCCUCACACAGGGCUACGUGUCCAUGAGCCAGCCCUCCCAGAUGAGCCAGCCUGGCCUCUCCCAGCCGGAACUGUCCCAGGACAGCUACCUCGGUGAUGAGUUUAAGUCACAGAUAGAUGUGGCACUCUCACAAGACUCCACAUACCAGGGAGAGCGGGCGUACCAGCACGGCGGCGUCACCGGGCUGUCCCAGUACUAGAAGGCAACGGCGGAAGAGCUAAGCUUUGUGGCUUAGUCUACCAGCAUCUUAUUCUGGGUAAUAAAAAAUAAAAAUAAAUGGAUACCUGUUUUCCACUGCUAAAACUGAAGCACCACUGUGUGAGCAGCCGAGGAGAGGAGAGGAAAGAGGAGCGAGAGCGAGCAGAGAGCAGAGCGGCCAGGGAGGACGGCAGAGCGGAGCGCCGAGGAGCAGGCGCCCCCUGCGGGCGGAGAGGAGAGAGGCCCGCACCGCUGCGAGGCCGGCCCAGCGCCGAGCCCGCCAGAGGGAGAGGCCUCGCCAGGACCGGCCCCGCUGUUCUUUUUCUUUGUUUCUCGUGAUUGAGGGGCUACGUUUUAGCAGGACGAACUUCGCGUUUCUGUGCCCAAGCGGGCGGCCAGGAGCAUCAGCGCACGGUCCCAGCGCUAAGGGGUUUCAUUUAAAGAAAACACGGUGUUUGGGGUUUUUCUGUUUUUUUUUUUUCUUUCCUUUUCUUCCCCCCCCAUCCCCUCAAAGAUUCUUUAAAAGGAGAAUGGGAAGUACUUGGAUCAGUUUGUCUCUAAGACCUGACUGUUGGACCUGGGAGAUGCAAGACGCUUCCGGAGUGGCAGUGCUGAGAAGGCCGAGCCCCGCAGCCUGGGAUCACCGCCUGCACCGCAGCAGGAGGAUUUGUUUUGAGUUUGAGCUUCAGAGGCCACAGGAGAACUCGUGAGCAUGGCCUGCAGGUUCUUCCCCAUCAUGGGUGGAGGCCUUCAUUGCUGGGCGCCCUGCCCCGGACCCCCACCUCCCGCGGCAACCACCCAACCCCUACCCAGGCACACCUGCGCCAACGCAAUGGAACUUAAUUUUUAGUCAAAUUUGUUUUAAGCUUUUUGUCACCAAUAAAACAUGAACAAACGGU